ACGGAACUCUCGGAAACAAUCUUCCUUCACCCAAGAAAGUAGCUCAGCUCCUCCAAUCCACCCUACUCGAUAAGGUCAAAAUCUACGACUCCAACCCAGAAAUCCUCGAAGCCUUCUCCAACACCGCCAUUGAUCUCAUAGUAGCAGUAGAAAACCACCAUGUUGCCAACAUCAGCACCGACAUUUCCGCCGCUGACGAAUGGCUUGCCACCCGUGUCGUCCCCUUCAUUCCCGCCACCUCCAUUGUAGUUUGUAGCUAUCUGCGUCGGAAACGAGUACUUGACAACGAAUUCCGGUGACGGUCAUUUGGACCCCAACGCACUGGUCCAUGCAAUGCAGAACCUCCAUUCGGUGCUUGUAACUCGUGGGCUCGACCGAAAAAUUAAGGUCACCACGCCACACAGCAUGGCCGUCCUCGCCUCCUCCUUUCUACCGUCAGCUUCCACCUUUGCCCCAAAUUUCGUCGAACCCAUGAGCUCCAUUAUUGGGUUUUUGGCCGAUACUGGAGCGCCGUUCAUGAUUAAUGCUUACCCUUAUUUCGCCUACAGGGAAAACCCCACUGCCGUCGAUUUAGAAUAUGCUUUGCUCGGAAAUGCCACCGGCGUCCAUGACCCGAAAGGAUACAUCUACAACAACAUGUUGGAUGCUCAAAUUGACGCAAUUAGAUCGGCAAUAAACGCUCUGGGGUUCGGUAAUCAGACGAUCGAGAUCACAGUUUCCGAGUCUGGGUGGCCGUCAAAAGGGGCGCCCGGUGACGCCGCUGCCACGCUGGACAAUGCGAAGAAAUAUAACACUCGGUUGAUCGAACGCGCGCAGUCCAACAAAGGGACACCCAUGAAACCGAAGGACAAAGCAGAGAUAUUCCUGUUUGCUCUGUUCAAUGAGAACAAAAAAACAGGGGAUGAAACAGAGAGGCAUUUCGGGAUUUUCAACGGCGAUGGAUCGAAGGUGUACGAAGUGGAUUUGAGCUGCCAGUUCUGCAGUAGCGGAGGGACGUUCGAGAAAAUCUCAGGCACCGAUGGGGCGGCAAGGGGGCCGUCAGUAUGGUGCGUGGCGAAGCCACAUGCUGAUGAGAAGGUGCUUCAAACCGUGGUGGAUUUCUGCUGCGGCGCCGGCGGCGUAGAUUGCCGCGAAAUAUAUGAAAACGGUGACUGCUUUCAACCCAACAAGAUUCAUGCUCAUGCAUCAUUCGCCAUGAAUGUGUAUUAUCAGAUGCAUGGAAGGAAUUACUGGAACUGUGAUUUCAAAGGGACUGGCAUCGUCACCUUCAGUGAUCCAAGUUAUGGAAUAUGUAGGUAUCCUCAGCAGUAAUUCAUGGAGAAGCUACUAAGGAGGGAUUGGAAGCUACUUUGU